UCUGACGCCGCUGAAAAAGACUGCCCAUUGGUGGGACCUGAAACAGCUUCAACGGCUACGAACUACAUCACCUAUGUUGUUACUGUGAAGCCCACUACAACUGGCCAGACUGCUGAAAAUAUUCCGGAGACACAAAACUAUGAGGUGAAGGUACCGCCUAAGCACGAUGUGAAUAUCAUCGAGAAGGUUGUGGCUCUUUGCAGCCCGCCACCUACAAGUGACCCCUCUCGUUCACCACCGCAAAAGGUAAUUCCUGCCAAAACGCAAGGAAAGGGCCUGGUUGACAGCGGAGUGCCUAAAGUGGCUCCUAAUUCGCCCGAAUCUCCCUCACAUGAUGGCGAGCCCAUCACAACAAAGGGACACAAUCGGCAGACUCAGGAAGGAGCGGAACUUCAACGUGACGGCACCAAAUCGCUUGACACCGCCACAAGCAGAGAGAAACUAAACGGUGCACGCACCAGUGAAGAAAAGGAGAGUAGUGCCAGCACCGAAGUCGCUCCUCCGACUUCCAGCGAGGCAGAGAGCAAAGAAACAGAAAACUCCGCCACAGUGAAGGAAGCCGAUCACACUCCCCCCACAGCCACACCUCAAUCAGAGACCACCACCGAAGAGGCUUCCAACACUGAUGCCGGUACGCCCACCUCUGCGGGAGAGGGCGCGAAGCUUCCUGACCGCAACACCGACGCCAGCAGCAGCAGCACUGCGUGGGUGCGUGCCCCACUGUUGUUGCUGCUUGCCGGCGUGGCCGUGUGGUGA